UUAAGUUCAUCCAAUCCUUAUCAUGGAAUACUUGCCUUGUGGUGACCUGCUUGGUUACAUGAGAAAGUGCCGAGGAAUUAAGGAUCGGUAUUAUCUUGGAGAAGGAAGAGCUCAAGAUUUGGACAACUACGACCUUGUGCUAUUUGCCAAACAAAUCGCCGCUGGUAUGGUAUUCCUUGGAUCAAGGGGAAUAAUUCAUCGUGACCUGGCAGCUCGAAACGUCCUUCUUGAUAACAACUAUGUGUGCAAAGUGACCGACUUUGGCAUGGCAUAUCAAAACUUCAAAUAUGGUCAUGGAAAUGCCAAAAAGGGCCGUCUGCCAAUUAAAUGGACUGCACCAGAAAUUUUGUUGGGAAAUCUUGCUGGACUUUCCACCUUGAGCGACGUGUGGUCUUACGGAAUCGUUCUGUAUGAGAUAGUUACCCUUGGAGGAAUUCCUUAUGACGGAUGGUCAGAAGGCAACGUAGUUGCACAGGUGACACGUGGCUACAAACUUCCAAAGCCCGAUCAUGUUGAUGAUAAACU